AUGUUGGGUUUUGCAAGGUGCCUCAAGGGUUUCCAGUACUCGGCCUUGCACCGCCCUAUCAUGCCCUGUCGUCGUCGAGGUUUUGCAGCAGCCGCCAAAAAUCACAGCUACGAUGCAACUUUGCCUAACUUGCGAAUACAUAGGCACACACGAGUCAUUUUCCAGGGAUUCACUGGAUACACAUCUCACACUUUGCAGGCAACCGCCAAUGCAAAGGAGUCCAUAGAAUGGGGAACCAACAUCGUUGGUGGCGUUACUCCAGGACGGACCGGUGAGCAUCUCGGUCUUCCCGUCUUGCCUACUGUUCAAAAGGCAGUGGAGCAGCUCAAGCCAGAUGCAACCGGCAUCUACGUCGCAGCACAUCAAGCGGCGGCAGCAAUUGAGGAGGCGAUAGAAGCCGAAGUGCCGCUUGUCGUUGCGGUUGCUGAGCAUAUACCUCUUCACGACAUCUUGCGGAUACAUUCAAUCCUCAAGACCCAGUCUGCUUCAAGGCUAGUCGGCCCCAACUCGCCUGGCAUCAUUUCAGCCGUGGGACGGUGCCGGAUAGGCUUCCAACCACUUCCUUGUUUUACUCCUGGCCGGAUUGGUAUCAUUGCAAAGUCGGGAACUCUGAGUUAUGAAACGGUGGCAUCCACCACCAGAGCCGGCUUGGGCCAAAGUCUCUGUAUUGGAGUGGGCGGUGACAUCCUCCCCGGUACAGAUCUGCUGGAAGCUCUCCGUGUCCUCGAGCAUGAUGAAGACACCGAAGCGAUCGCCCUGAUAGGGGAGAUUGGAGGGGUUGGAGAAAUCGACGCCGCCGCAUGGAUCAGAGACUACCACUCUCGAACGCAGACGCCAAAGCCAAUUGUCGCCCUCGUGGCAGGAGUGAGCGAGGCUCACGGUCGCAUUAUGGGCCACGCUGGUGCCUACACGAUCCCAGGAGAGCCGGACGCGAAGGCCAAGAUUCAAGCUCUCCAGGAUGCAGGCGUGACGAUGGUUAACCACCCGGCCAAAAUGGGCGACGCGCUGAAGCAUCGCCUUGAGGGCCGGACUUCAAUCCCUUUAUCCACCACGCAGACGGUGUUUGGUGCCGGGAACCAGCGGCGGCAAAUACACACCGUGGCCCGCAGGCCCCAACGGACAUCCCUCGAAUCGACGGCUACGCGCGGCCAACGGCGCCACCUCUACCUCACCGAAGAGAAGUCCUUCGAUCUCCUCCGUCAGCACGGCGUCAACACGUCUCUCCACCCCGGCCGCGGAACCCGUCGCCUGCUAACCAUCGGCAUCGACCGCUCGGCCCGGUCGCCAUGCAUCAUCGCCUCGCCCACCCCGGACACCGCCGCGAAGCGGUUCCCGCUCCCCUCCCACGCGGGCGCCGACGAGCAGACGGCGGUCGCCCGCAUCGCGGCGCACAUGCAGCUGGGCAGCGCGUCGACCGACUCGCUGUGGGGCGUGAUCCGGGGCCUGGCGGCGCUCUUCUGCGAGCGGGAGGCGUUCCUACUCGAGACGCACGUCGUCGAGCGGCUCGGCGCGCUCGAGGUCGUCGGGGCCCGGUUCGGCCUCGACGACGCCGCGUUUAGGAGCGCCGGGCGGCAGGCUGACAUCCACGGCGAGGCCGAUGCGGCGGCUGAGGCGGCGGGGGGUGCUAGGGAAGGGGACGGGGAUGGGAUCGUCUACAUCCGCUUGCCGGGCGAGGAUGCGACGAUCGGCACGCUGGUCAAUGGUGCUGGCCUGGCGAUGAAUACCGUGGACGCCCUAGCGGAUGCGGGUGGUAGGGCGGCCAACUUCCUCGACACGGGCGGCAAGGCGACGAGUGAGACCGUCAAGAAGAGCUUCGAGGUCAUCCUCAGCGACCCUCGGGUGAGAGUGGUAUUUGUUAAUAUCUUUGGUGGCUUGACCCUCGGAGAUAUGAUCGCCAAGGGCGUAGUCCUAGCUUUCAAGGAGCUGAGCCCGAGGGUCCCCGUCGUCGUCCGGAUCCGCGGCACGAACGAGAAGGAGGGCCAGAGGAUCAUUGCCGAGAGCGGUUUGCCACUUUUCGCGUUCGAUGACUUUGAAGAGGCUGCUGCCAAGGCAAUCGAGCUAUCUAGAGCGUAACACAGGCCAAGAGGGGAGGAAAUAUCUAAAGUAGCCCGUGUGCCGAGAUAUACAGAGAUGCAAAUUAUGGCCUAUGUAGAAGGCCUAUAUAUGGAUAGAGCUAAACAAGAUACAGAGUGUUAUACAUGUUCUAUGGCAAAAAAGCCUCUUACGUACGAAAU